AGCAGCGCCGGGUCCAGAGUGGAGGUGCUCCUAGCGGUGUUGUUUCUCGACCAGCGGCAGUUCUCACUACAGCGCCAGGACGAGUCCGGUUCGUGUUCGUCCGCGGAGAUCUCUCUCAUCUCGCUCGGCUGUGGGAAAUCGGGCUGAAGCGACUGAGUCCGCGAUGGAGAGAGAAAAGGAACAAUUCCGUAAACUCUUUAUUGGUGGCUUGAGCUUUGAAACUACAGAAGAAAGUUUGAGGAACUACUACGAGCAAUGGGGAAAACUUACAGACUGUGUGGUAAUGAGGGAUCCUGCAAGCAAAAGAUCAAGAGGAUUUGGUUUUGUAACUUUUUCAUCCAUGGCUGAGGUUGAUGCUGCCAUGGCUGCAAGACCUCAUUCAAUUGAUGGGAGAGUGGUUGAGCCAAAACGUGCUGUUGCAAGAGAGGAAUCUGGAAAGCCAGGGGCUCAUGUAACUGUGAAGAAGCUGUUUGUAGGUGGAAUUAAAGAAGAUACUGAGGAACAUCAUCUUAGAGAUUACUUUGAGGAAUAUGGAAAAAUUGAUACCAUUGAGAUAAUUACCGAUAGGCAGUCUGGAAAGAAAAGAGGCUUUGGGUUUGUUACUUUCGAUGACCAUGAUCCUGUGGAUAAGAUUGUGUUGCAGAAAUACCAUACUAUCAAUGGUCAUAAUGCAGAAGUAAGGAAGGCUUUAUCUAGACAAGAAAUGCAGGAAGUCCAAAGUUCUAGAAGUGGAAGAGGAGGCAACUUUGGUUUUGGAGAUUCUCGUGGUGGUGGUGGAAAUUUUGGACCAGGACCAGGAAGUAACUUCAGAGGAGGAUCUGAUGGAUAUGGAAGUGGUCGUGGAUUUGGGGAUGGCUAUAAUGGGUAUGGAGGAGGACCUGGAGGAAAUUAUGGAAGUGGAAAUUAUAAUGAUUUUGGAAAUUAUAACCAGCAACCUUCUAACUACGGUCCAAUGAAGAGUGGAAACUUUGGUGGUAGCAGAAACAUGGGAGGACCAUAUGGUGGAGGAAACUAUGGUCCAGGAGGCAGUGGAGGAAGUGGGGGUUAUGGAGGGAGAAGCCGAUAUUGAGCUUCUUCCUAUUUACCAUGGGCUUCACUGUAUAAAUAGGAGAGGAUGAGAGCCCAGAGGUAACAGAACAGCUUCAGGUUAUCGAAAUAACAAUGUUAAGGAAACUCUUAUCUCAGUCAUGCAUAAAUAUGCAGUGAUAUGGCAGAAGACACCAGAGCAGAUGCAGAGAGCCAUUUUUGAAUGGAUUAGAUUAUUUAAUAACAUUACCUUACUGUGGAGGAAGGAUUGUAAAAAAAAAAAAAAUGCCUUUGAGACAGUUUCUUAGCUUUUUAAUUGUUGUUUCUUUCUAGUGGUCUUUGUAAGAGUGUAGAAGCAUUCCUUCUUUGAUAAUGUUAAAUUUGUAAGUUUCAGGUGACAUGUGAAACCUUUUUUAAGAUUUUUCUCAAAGUUUUGAAAAGCUAUUAGCCAGGAUCAUGGUGUAAUAAGACUUAACGUUUUUCCUUUAAAAAAAAUUUAAGUGCGUGUGUAGAGUUAAGAAGCUGUUGUACAUUUAUGAUUUAAUAAAAUAAUUCUAAAGGAAAAAAAAA